GUUUUCAAAAAAAUAAUUCAGCUACAUAUUAAGUGAUUAUGUUGGCAGAACAAGUUAUAAAGAAAAUUACGUUUACAUUUAUCGGGAUGAUUUGUUUGAAGUAUCAGAUUAUUUUCAAUAUGAUGAUGGAUCUGAGGAAUUGCGAGAAGAUACAUUUGAAAGGGAGCCUUUUAUUGCUUUAUUUAAAUCAAAUUUUACUUUAGUGAAACAGUUUGCAAUUAUUGGCGUUCAUAUUAGACCAGAUGCAGUAAAGCAAGAGAUUUCUGAGCUGGUUAAUGUAUACAAAUCAACCAUAAAUAAAUGGAAAGAAACGUCUGUUGUAUUGAUGGGAGAUUUUAAUGCUGGUUCAAAAUACAUAUCAAAAAAAAAGCUUGAUCAAACAGAUUUAAGGACUGAUAAAAAAUUCAAUUGGUUACUUGAAAACCAAGACACUACAGUUUCAAUGAGUCAUGCUACACUUGACAGGGUUAUUAUUACGGGAAACGCAAUCAAUCAGGCUUUAAUUAAGGAUAGUGCUGGAGCCUUCAAUUAUCAGGAAGAAUACAAGCUUAGCUUAGAAGAGGCUUUAAAAAUCAGUGAUCAUUAUCCCGUCAAAUUUGAAAUUAGAGGAAAUCAAGACUAAGAGAAAUUCUAAGAACGUGUUGGAAGCCAUUAAUAAAAGUUUAGAAAAGAUGUCGGUUUUAGAGUUUGUGUUUUUACUUGACGAGGUUGUCAUACAUUUGUGAUGUUAACUGUCAAAUGUUCAAGUUUUAAUCUUAAUAUGUAAGGUAUUGGAAGAAGAGAAUUUUGUUGUUAAACUUGUUUGUUUUUUUACAUUUAUAUUCAUUAAUGGUUUUAUAUUAGUUGCUUGUUUUAUCAUCGUAUAAAGUUUUGCAAAUUUGAAGAUAUUUUUUUAUUUCUUUGUAAUAAAUUUUUUUUAUAAAUAUUGGUUUUAUGAAUAAAAAUUUUUAAUAAAAAUUGGUUUUAUGAUACUUGUCAAAUUGUUUUUUAAUAAUUAUUAAAUUUAAUUUUUUUUUAUUGGCUUUUAAAUUUUUACUUUAAAACUUUUGUUAGCCAAAUUAUUUUUAUUAAAUCAACAAGUUGAUUAUUUGAUUUCUCGUCUUACUUUUGAUUUUAACUAUGGAGUAAAUAAGAAAUAAAACAAGCUUAAAACAAUGUCUAGGUUGAAUUACUACUACCAAAUUAAUGGACAGUGUAGUGUGAAACGGUUGUGUAUAUUGAUAUGUAACCAUGCAUAGUCACUUUUCGAACAUAAAUUAAUAUAAUAUAUCAAACCCCAAAAAAUAAAAAAAUACAUUUGCCGAUGAAACACUGCAUUUAAUGUUUGUUGUCCAUAUUUUUAUUUUAUGUUGCGUAGUUACAUUUAACGGUUGUGUAUUUUACGGUUGUAUAUUUAUAGAAGCUUUGUUGUUUAAUAAUUCAUGGAAAAUUAUUCACAAGGCCCUUUUUUUCUUUAAAGAAUAUGAAUCUUGUUUUUUUC